CCAACACUCAAGGGGAUUUCCAGGCAGCCAUUUCACCCCAAUUAUCAUAGGACCUUGUCUCCCCGCUGCCAUAUUACGCAAUCUAUCCAGGUCGUACUGCCUAGAGCAUUGACGGAAGUCACGCACUUUCGCGAGAGGUUCGCGUCAAAGAGACCCCACAGUUCUAGGCAGCACUGCUCAGCUUGACGCGAACGAGGUACCUACCUCUAUCUGCACCAACCGCGUUUGCAGGCACGGGGUUUGUACUAGCGGUCAGGAUAAGCUGAUCUACUCUCCUAGCCAAGGUAAGGACUGUCACUGUCACCACGAACGUGUUCGAUGCGUAACAUGUCCAAGACCCUGAAUAUCGUCCUUGCCUCCGCUCGCUUGCUAGGGAUCAGAUGGGUAGGGUAGGAAGGAUUCAUUUUCUAAGUUAUGCCCAUUGAGGGCAGAUUCUCGUUCAGCUCAGCUCUUUGUUUGCAUCCCCACCUCAGGUAUUUAAUCAACGAGUUCUCCCUGCCAUUUCUCGAGCAUUUUUUUUUCAAGGGCAGAGCACUCAACUGUCUUCUGAUCCAUUCUCAAUUACCUACCUACCUAACCUAACCUACCUAUCUCUUCGAUCUGGAGGCUCGGGAUCUUGCACAAUCCGACUGCACUGGUUUGUCUACUCUUUUGUUGGCAGCGCCACCUCGUCAGCUAGAAGCCGUUCAAUUUUCAAUUGAUCAUAUUUUCCACCCAUCUACUCGCACCUACCGCUUUGUCUUUCCACUGCGUCUCAACUUAUCUCCUAACUUUGGUGCCCAGCCGCCAUUCACGAGAUCAUCACUAUGUCGUCCACCAAGUUGCCUGCGACUCCUGUUCCACACACGGAGCUCCCAGCCUACCUUGAAAAACACAACAGGGCCCCUGUGGUAGAUCUAUUCAAACCAUACCGUGUCUUCGAGAAUGAGUUGAGGGCACUUUAUGCCCAGGAACCAGACAACGAAGCACUCAAGGAUCCUUACGUCAACGUGCUGCCCCUCUUCGCCUCGCACAUGCCGGAGAUCAAGACCCGGGCCCGCAACUUAAAGCGUGAAUCUGCAGAGGAGAGGAGCAAGUACAUCAUGGCUCUGCCUGAUGACAAGCGCCGGCACAACGGUUCUCCUGCGUUGGUGGAUUCUCUCAAACAAUUCAGGCACAACUUUGCUGUCUUCUCUGAGACGUCUCUUCUGGAUCUCAACUGGGACAAUGUCGUUGUUGCUGGCUCGGCGGUCGUCAAUUGUCUCUUGCCUGUGCCCCAUGAGUUCAACAAAUCAAAACGGACUCUCAGGGAGUACUACCAUGAGAAGCUAUGUCCUGCAUCUGAUGUGGAUCUUUUCCUCUACGGACUAACCGAGGAGGAAGCCAUUGAGAAGAUCAAGGAAAUCGAAGCCAGCGUCAAAGACUCUCUUCUCACCGAAUGCACGACAGUCAGGACUAAGCAUGCCAUAACUAUAUGCAGCCAAUACCCGACCCGCCACAUCCAGAUUGUCCUACGUAUCUACAAGUCCGUUUCGGAGAUUCUCACCGGAUUUGACAUUGAUAGCUCUGGAGCAGCGUACGAUGGUAAACAAGUCUACUGCACGCCGAGGGCGCUACAGUCGUACAUGACCCAGAUCAAUCAUAUCGACUUGUCCCGGCGUAGCCCAUCCUACGAGAACCGCCUCUCAAAGUAUAGCCAUCGCAAUUUCGAGGUGUACUGGCCAGAUCUUGACAGGUCUCGCGUUGAUCCAACCAUCUUCGAGCGCAACUUCCGCCGAACCCUUGGUCUAGCCAGACUUUUGGUCCUCGAACGACUGCCAACCUCAUCUGCAAGGGAUGAUUACCUCGCCAAGCGCCGCGUGGAAAGGGGCAGGCCGCCAAUCGACCGUGACUUCUGGUCUGGUGGACUCAGGGGUAACAUCAAGGAUCGCCACGAGGAUGAGGUUGCCGACUGGGUCAAUGAGGAGGAAAUGUCCAACUACCAUACCUUUACCAUCCCCUACGGUGUCAAAUUCCACGCAAAAAAGAUCGAAAAGCUCUGCUACACCAGGGACCUACUCCUCAACGCAGAGUGGAAUCAGCCCAAAGAGCGUGAAGUUUAUCUUCACCGGCACCCUGCUUUCUUUGGACGGGUCAUUGAUAUCAUUGAGGAUUGCUGUGGCUUCUGCCCGACGCCACACACUGAAGAGGAGCUCGCCGUACAUGAAGAAGAGAGCAAAGUUUAUGUCUCCGGCCGUAUCUCAUUCAUCCAGGAUGACCCCGGAAGACAGCAGAUUGGCUCCUUCAACCCACUCAGUGAUGAUAAUUGGACCGAGAUGGCCUAUGUUGGGAAUACUGCCCGUCUAUGCCAGGCCAUCGUGGACUUGGAUGCCGAGCAUGUCGAGGAUUGGAUUGCACAAGAAGGUGCUGAUGUUAACCAAAGGGAUUACACUGGCCGCACGCCUCUGCAUUUGGCAGUCACGAGCUCGACGCCCGAAAUUGUUGCCUUGUUGAUCAAGGCUGGAGCUCGUUUGAUUGCAAGACUUGCUGAUGGUCGCACAGCCCUACACCUCGCAGCUGUCAGGGGCGAUUUGGAGAUAGUCAAGAUGCUUUUGGACAAGAGCAACGAGAAUGAGGACGAGGAAGAGAUGAAGCGUGAUCUUCGCCGCAAGCAAACUGCGCCGGCUUUAUCUGAACAAACAGAACAACAUUCAGCACCGGAAGAGAAACACGACGAGGAAGCUGAAGACAGUGAUAACGAGUCGGCAGAAAUUCUGAGCGACGAGGGCUCGGACGAGGAUGAUGAAGCCCAUAGCAUGGCCACCGGAUCUUUUGUGAAGAUCAAGCGCAAAGGUGGUGACUCGUAUAAUCAAGACUUGAUACCUGAAGAGAAGAAGGACGACCCCGAUAUUUACGACGUCAACGUUAUCGCAUGGGAUACACCUUGCUCUGCCCUACACUUUGCCAUCGUCUCGGGUAACGAUGAGGUCGUGAAGCUGCUAUGCCAGCAGUACGGAGCAGACGUGUUACUACCAGUCAAAUACUUUGGCCAUGACAACAGACCUACAGCUGCGCUUCUCACACUUGUUAUGGCGCUCAAGCUUCCCGGCGAGAAAGCGAAAAGCAUGGUGAAGACUUUACUCAGUUUGGGGGCUACAUCUGCGCAGGCCGAUAUGAAUGGUUUCACCUGCUUCCAUCAGUAUGCAGAGGCGGGUGCUACAGAACUUAUUGAUCUUUUGAAGGAACUCGACCGCACUGGUGUCAACAACUCCAUCAACCACGUGGCGGUAUUUCGUUACGGUAAGUCGUUCGGACCCCUGCAGUCGGCGAUCAAGAACGGUGAUACAGGCCUCGUCGUGCAGCUGCUUGAAGCUGGAGCUGCCGCUCAAAUUGAUUUUGAGACGUGGCUCAAUGGCGCAAAACAGUCUUCAGAGUAUGAUAUUGUCAGCGCCUCCGAAAGUGAGAAGUUCUUCAGGCGGUCGACAGAGCAGCCAAUCAUUCUUGCGGCCCUGUAUGGACAUCCGUUCAUUAUAAUGGAGUUGCUCAACCACGGGGCGGACGUGAACACCAUCAGCGCGCAAAGUCAGGAUCUACUUGAUCCUAAUUCUUACAGUCGCGGAUAUAAUUCGGGGCAGACCCUCCUGGAUAUCCUGCGCAAGCAGCUCGAAACCCUUCGCUUGUACAAGGGCGAGGAGCCCAGAAUCUCUGAACCAUUGCCCUUCACGGGUGAUGAUAAAGCUCUCGAGGGAGCCAAGCCCGGGUCUUGGAAGCAUCUUGUUGUGACCAACGACAUUGAGGCUGCCCGCCAAGAGCACGCUGAGCGUGUAAACAUCUACAAGGCUCUGGUUCGCCAACUUGAUGCUCUCGAAGGUCUUCGAGAGAAGAAGGCAGCCAUUCUGGAUCUUAUACACGCAUUCGAGCAAGCUGAGUCUACCAUUGUCGAGAAAGGCGGAAAGACCUUUUCUGAGCUCCACCCAGAUAUCCCAGACGGCACGAGACGAACCAACAACUAUUGGAAUAGGGCGAAUUAUAACAGCGACGUUCCAUACGAGUUCAAUCACGGCUUCACCCAUGUCAAGGAUAUGACCCCGGCCCGAGAGGCGGCCUAUGUCCAACUGUUCGAGGCUGCCUGGGAUGGGGACCUGGAGACUAUAAAACGCUUCACCCUUGGGGCCUGGGAUGCUGACCGACGCGAAGCGCCGUUAAUGAUAUCGGUCAAGGAUAAAAACUAUUCCAAUGUCUUUGGCCUCGCUUUUCUGCGUGGCCACUUGCGGAUCGCCAAGGCCAUUCUCGAGAUCGCGCAGGCUCAAUAUACACCCGAGGAGGGGACUACCACCAAGUUCACCAUGAGGGAUCCAGGUUAUGAAUCGGAGGAUUCCGAGCUCCCAGAGGGUGAUACGGACGGGCCUCGAAUUUAUAAGCUCAUCGUUGAUGAAAAAUUUACAAUCGAUAAUAUCGGGGAGAUCUCGAUGCAGGUCAAGAGUCGGACCAAGCCUUUAGAUAUGCUUGUUGAAGGAUCCAGCCCCUUCACUAUUAUAAACGAUGAGGGAAAGGAGCAGAGAAAUACCCCACUGCUUUUCUAUGUCAUCGCACAGAAUGACCUGAAUGGUCUCACCUUCCUCCUCGACACGGCGACACAGCUGUCUGGACAGCGUCUAGACCAUGAAACUGAAACUACUCGCUUCUUUUCUUGCCCGGGACAAACCUUAAACUGGACGAUCAGGAAUGGGCGCACUGAAUUACUUGCUGAGAUCAUCAAGACUACUGGCGCAGGUCUGCCAUUGGAGGACUUGGUUAAGCGCAGCGGCGCUAAGAUGAUCGAAAAGCCCAAGAGCUACCAAGGCCUCACCGUGUACGGAAAGAAAAGAAAGGAUUGGGCAACGGCCGGGAGGGAUGUCAUGAUAAAGGCGCGAGAAUCCAACACUCCACCACUGCUCACCGCGGCCUCAUGUGGCUCGAUUGAGUCCGUUGAAUGGUUCUUGAGCGACACACCCCUGCGCCACUACCUCGAGUUUGCUAACAGCAAGGGUGCCCGCGACGAUCCCCGGCUCAAGCACCUGGGCUCUACGGCUGGUGGGGUGGAGAGAGCCAUCACAAAAUGGCUGGGCAACCAAAAUGAUCUUGUUAUGCACGCUGCCAUCAUCGGUGGUCCCGUGGGCGAAAAGACGAAGAAGCUCGUUCAAUACUUGAUCAAAGCUUACCCUGCAUCAAUGACCACCAAAUCUCGAGACGGCUACACCCCUUUUUACCUAGCUUGUCUUCGUGGUAGGACGGACAUUGUGGAGCUUCUGGCUUCCCACUCUGACCAGGCAGUCAAAGGGCCACACUGGGAGAAUAUAUUGCAUGCUGUUUUGAAGGGAUGUCCCCAUGCUGAUCAGCUCCAGCCAAUGCUGGAACUCUUCGAGCCGGACCUCCGCAAAGCCAUGUUCAAGGAGCGAAGUAGCUUGUCGGCAGAGGGACGAACUCCUCUUCACCAGUGGAUAGAGAAGGCUAUAGGGCAGAAUUGGAGGGGAUCUUCUCCACAAUACAAAAAGCCAGAGGAUUUGGUUGCGGUCCUGAAGAUGUUGCUCGAGUACUCGGGUGGUGAGGAGCUCGCCAUGCUGGACGGCACUGGCGACACUCCUCUGCAUAUGCUAAUAUCAAGACAGGCUCCAUUGGAGACCAUCAAGCUAAUUCUUGAGAUGGAUGCCAAUCUACUAUUCCGCGAGAACGCGGUGGGACGGACGCCUGCCGAGUUGGCGCAUGAUAUCUUUAUCGAAACGCGCAUCGGCACGCGCAACAGCGGGAAUGAUCGUCGUUACUACAACAAUGACCGGUCUGAGGGGCUCGAUACCCUGAUAAAUAUGCGCCCAUUGUUCUUCCUUCCGGAUCAGCAGGCCAAAUUCAAACAGCGACGCAUGCAAGAUCUAAAUUAUACGAGCAGCCACGCCUCGGACGACCAGUGGCGCCAGUACCAGGGUCAGUGGGCAGCCGAGAAUCGGGAGCGUAAAGAGGACAUUCAUCAGAUGUGCCUCGCAUACUCGAAUGGUAAACGGCGUCUCGUGAGCCUGAACGAGGCCAACGACGUCGCAAGGAGGCUCGGCGAGAGCUUUCAACGGGGUCGGUACUACUCGGGGAUGCCGAAAGGACAUGAUGACGGCGCAGUAAGCGAGGCUGGGCAGGAAGAAAACAGGCCGUCGCAGGACUUCGUGCAGGAGAAUUAUAACUUGAUCUGUUCAAAAUGGUGGUCAAAGGAUGAGAAAUAUUAAGUUGGGUCGGUGUACAACCAUAGGUUUGCUUUGUUCAAAGUAUGAUCUUGGUACAAUCUCAAAUUCCUUAUUUAUUUUGAUUUUUCUCCAACUGGACUCGCGGGCAGUUCUUGAGCCGCUAGCUCACUACCCGAAAGCUCUACUGGUACGCCUAAUCCGGGGAUUUUCCCUGGACGUCUUUCGGAGAGCAUUUCAUGGACCGCAGGCCCCUCA